CCACCGGCGGCUCCAUGCGGGCCGGGCCGCAGGAAGAGGCGGAGCGGCGGGGCCGGGGCGAUGGGCGGGCCGGGGCCGGCGCUGCGGGAGUACAACGCGGAGCUGCGGGAGGGGCUGGCGGAGCUGCGGGCCCGGCGGGAGGAGCUGAGCGGGAGGAUCCGGGAGGAGGAGGCGGAGCGGGACCGGCUGCAGGGCCGGCUCGGGGCGCUCACCCAGCGGCUGGCCCGCACCAGCGAGAGCCUGGCACGGAACCUGGUCGCCCGGGGCGAGCUCGACAGGACCAUCGCCGAGACGGAGGCGGCCUACGGGAAGAUUCUGGAGAGUUCUCAGACAUUGCUAGAUGUCCUGAAGGAAGAAAUUGGGAAUGCUGGUAAAGCCAGUGAGCUGCAAAGCACUUCAAAAGAAAGAGAAAAACAAGCACGUGGAGAAAAGCAUUCCUAAAGUUGUUCUUUAGCCUGGAGAGGCCUGUCCUGGGAGAAGGAUGCCACAUUUAAUAAAAGUCUUUGUUUUGCAGGAGUAAA